AUGCCACAUUUUCUACGAAAGCUGCGCUGUCGUAGCUCUGGUGCUGUUCGUAACAAACAUGCAUCAUUAUUCAGUGACACCAGGAAGAGUUCUAAAGGUCCUUCUAUAUCCAUUAAGGCCGCGCGGACAUCAGGCGCCGAAGACCAACCUCUAGCACAGAAUCCACUCCUACCUGUACAGCUCACUCCUGAGAUUCUCGAUCCAGCUCCACAAAGGGUAUCUGUCAAGACUUCAAAACGUCAGACAAUAGUAGGCGAGCCUGCAAUAGGAAGAGUCCCGUCUCCGGUAUAUAAUGCGAACUAUGGUCCAUAUCAACCACAUAUACCAUCAACCUCUAACCACGAUAUUGGUAUGGCUUUAACCACAUCACAAACAAUAUUGAAUUAUUCAAGCCCCAAACAACAUACUCAAAUCGGCAACGCCCAACAGAGAAGCGACGGAGAAAACCGUGGUAGUGUAGGAUCCAAUGGCGCGUCUUCUUGGGGGGUUUUGCAGAUUGGCGAAGAAGCAAAGAGCACCGAACUUGUAGACAUAUCUACGUUGGUACCAGCAUAUCUUCAGCCGAAAAGGAAACUUAUUGCCCAUAAGAUUCCAGUAGAUGAAGUUGAACAUCAUCCUUUACCACAUUCAGUUUCGACAAAGAACUUGGUUCAAUUAUUGGAGGUUGAGGCUUCUCGACAGGAGCAGGAGAAGGACGAAAUGGAAAAGAUAACAUGUCACAAGGAAAACUUACGAGAACCUAGAACACCGAGGGAUUCUAGAAGAUGUGGACAAGUUUGGAAUAGCGAGGAAACGAGGAAGAGUUUUCUUGCGAUAGAAGCACUUGAUGCACUCGCUCUAGAAUUGAGACUCACUUGA